AUGUUUGGUCACAUCAUAACGGGAAACUUGGUAAACAUAAAUGAUUCUUUAGUAGCUUUGGAAACCAAGUUUGGUUGGACCGUUAUGGGGACACAAAAAAGUAAUAAUAAAAUAAACACGUUUGUUUCAACUUAUUUUACUGACUCAUUGAGUACUUUAUGGAGUUUAGAUGUUCUGGGUAUAAAAGAUCCAGCAGAGACGAAAUGUCGAGAAGAGUUAGACAUUCGCACAUUAGAAAAAUUUAAAGAAAGCACUGUGGUAAAUAGUGAAAAUAGAUAUGAAAUUUGUUUACCAUGGGCAGAAGGUUAUCCGGCUAUAACCUCUAAUUUUAAUUUAGCUGAAAAGCGACUUUUUUCUACCACAAAACGGUUAAUUUCUCUGAACAAGCUUACAGAGUAUGACAAUAUAUUUCAAGAUUGGGAAAAUACAGGAAUCAUUGAAGAAGUAGAAGAAGAGCCGUUGGAAAAGAAUACGCACUACUUGGCACAUCACGCAGUUGUCAAAGAGUCCAGUUUAACUACGAAGAUCCGACCAGUGUUUGAUGCAUCAGCUAAAGAUGGUAACGGUAAUUCUCUUAAUGAUUUACUGGAAAAGGGUCCAAAUCUAAUUGAGCUAAUAAUACCUUUAAUUUUAAAGUUCAGGUUACAUAAAAUUGGGGUAACGUCAGACAUAGCGAAGGCAUUUUUGCAGAUAAGCAUUUCAGAGAAAGAUAGGGAUUUUUUACGAUUUUUGUGGUGGAAAAACUAUGAAAAAAGAGAAAUAAAAAUAUUUAGACAUUGUAGAGUAGUUUUUGGGCUAAAGCCAAGUCCGUUUCUUUUAGCAGCAACAGUUAAUUUGCAUUUAGAAAAGGAAAAAACAUACACAGAAACAGCUAAUCAACUUCUUAACGCAUUUUACGUAGACAAUUGUGUUUUUAGCGUUAGGAAUGAAACAGAACUUAAAAAAUUUAUUGAUGAGUCCACAGAAAUUCUAAAGAAUGCAAAAUUUGAUAUUCGAGGGUGGACUUUUAAUGAAAAUAACGAUACGUAUGUUUCUAGCGUCAAUGAAAAAUUAGAAAAUAAGGUUAUCUCUAUUUUGGGUAUACAGUGGAAUUACCAAACUGACACUUUAGCGUGUGAUAUAAAAAAUUUAGACAGUGUUGACGAGAUUCCUAGAACAAAAAGAGGCAUUUUAUCUGCAACGCAGAGAGUUUUCGAUCCUAUUGGUUUCACUGCUCCAUUUACGUUAAUACCGAAAAUCUUAUUGCAAGAGACUUGGAGCUUGAAAUUGACGUGGGAUCAAAAAUUACCUGACGAUAUCAAAAAACGUUUCGAAAUUUGGUUAAAAAGUGUUAAGUGUCUCAAUUUUUGUAACAUACAUAGAUAUUUAGCAUAUCCAGAAGAAGAGAACCUAAUAAUAAAUAAAACUCUUCACGUUUUCGUUGACGCUAGUAAAUACUCUUAUGCCGCUUGCGUUUUUAUUAGGCUAGAAUUUCAAAAUUCUAUUUCAAUUAAACUUUUGUUAGCAAAAUCACGUUUAAGUCCAGUUAAAACGAUUACUUUCCCUAGGUUAGAAUUAAUGGCUGCUGUGAUAGGUGUUAGGUUAUUAGAAACUGUUAAAGAAGUAACAGACUUUACAGAGCUUAAAACGUACUACUGGAGUGAUUCGAUGGUUGUCUUAACCUGGAUUAAAACAAAGGGUCUUUGGAAACUUUUGUAG